AUGCUGCAAUCUGAUGCAGUACGGAUGCUGCAGCAUUAUGCUCAUCUUAUCCGGUACCAUCCUGAUAUUAGAAUUCAUCUCCAACCAAUAAUAAUAAUGAUAUCAAGCAGAUAUCAAAAAGAGGAGUCCGGUAUCAAUUUUAAUUGUGGCGAACGAACUGAGUGUCGCCAGUCCGGUGUUGAGGUAUCUAAAGUAAGGUAUUGUUAUUCUGUAUUUGGAAGAGGAGAGAGUUGUUUUUCAAAGAAGCUCUCCACCAUGAAUUGUAUUUUCUAUUUCUUACUUACGUUCUGCUUCAUUAAAGUAUCCGAUGGUGUCAUGUGUUAUUGGUGUAGUGGAGUUGGUGAUGAUCGAGAAUGUGAACAACAUCCUUACGCUGUACAAACUGGACCUGUGUUCCUUAACUGCCGAGCCCACUUCUGUCUUUCUGUGAAAGUUAUUGAUGCUGAUUCUGGUACUGUCAAGUCUUUUGCCAGAUUGUGCGAUAACGUACCACGUGAUAAUGUGUGUAUCCAGGAUUCCAAGCUAUUGACAUGUUACGAAUCUUGUACUGAUGAUUUAUGUAACAAUGGAAACCCUGAUCCUGAAUUUUUACCUAUCACAAACUACGCAUCAGAGGCAUCAAAACAUUCUAAGGGAAAUAAAACGAAUAAGAUCACAAAUGGGGGUUUAAAAGGAAAUAUAUUUGAGCAGUAUGGUAUUUCUAAAACAGGACGAAGCUCAUCUCUGAUGAAGAACAAAGAACAUUUAUCAGCGAUGGAAACUGCUCGUAAAAGACUACUGUCUAAUGCCGUCCGAGGAUCGAAAGAUGAUCAUAGCCUACCACGUUCACCAGAAAGGCAAAUGCGUUUACCCCUCUCACGAAAGAAGCCCCAAAUUGUAACAGAAGCAACCCUUAAUACGACGAAAGUCAGUGUUCAAUAUAUCACUGACACAAAAUACAGAGCCACACUUAAACCAUCCCUAACUCCAGUCGCGAAUGGCAGUAGGGUUACGACGUUAUCUCCGACGUCCACGAAGAUUUCGGGGCUCACGUCUCAGAUGACCCCAAUUACCACGUUGGCAAUAGCUGAAUCAACGAACAGUUUGCAACCAAGUGUUUCGCAGUUUGACGAAAUAAAACAGACUACUAUUUCAGACUUUCCAUUUGCCUCAAGCCCAAAGAUGGCUAAGGUCAAUGAUAUUCAUUACAAAGCAUCAACUUCCGAAGAUAGCGGGAAAAAUUCGGCAACAUUCAAUCCAAAUGAAUACACGUUUGGCGCGUCAAACCCAAGUGGAUCCUCUCGUGGUUUAACACUUAAACCAUCAUGGAUCAGAAAGUCAACACCCAAACGAAUCACGGUUCGCAUGACAACCUUCAAGGCCGAUGUAUCUUCAAAAAUGAUAAGGGAAAAAAUUACCAAAACCACAAUUCGCACGCCUAAGAAAGUCGAGAUAACACAAAUCAUCAAACCUCAAACAAAUGAAAAGCUGACGAAAGAACUCAAUUUGAAACAUCCUCUCAAAUCUUUAAUAAUGCCUAACAAUGUUGCUAAUCUCGAAAAACCAGUGACGGCAAUAGACGCAAACAGUUACGCCGAACUUCACGGACUGGAAGAAACUGAAGGGCCAGAAAACACUUUUGCGUUCAAUAGUCAUCCACGAAACCCUAAUCUACCGAAGCAUAAACAUAGGAUCGGACACUCCAAGAAAAUUGAAAGUUCCAAUGGCAUUGUUAUUUGGCCAAUGAAAGAAUCCACACGUGAAGAAGACAUAUCAAAUUCUAUAUUCUCCGAGGAUAAAGAAGAAGCCAUUAUUGAGCCUUACCGUGGAAACUCCACUUCUCUUAAGCCAAACGGUGACGAUGAAUCCAAAACUCCUGACAACAACAAAAAGACCAACAAUAUUAAUGAUAGUGCUAAUCAAGAUGAUGACAAACUGACACCUAUAACCCCUAUUACUACUGGAGCAACUUCUAAAACUAGCACAAUCAAUACAGUUUCUUUGCCAAUUGAAACAAGUAAGGAUAACAAUCUGUCAGAUCAUAUUAAAACUGUUUUAAACCGGAAAACCCCAAUAAAGAUUUCUCUAAAAGGAAAGUUGAAGAACAUAUCCAAUAAAAUAAACACCACGACUUCCAGCUCAUCUCUUGGCAAAUCCACUCGUCUGUAUGCUUCUAAGCUGGCCGAAGUGUGGAAUGAAGAAAAAACUACUGUGAUCGUUGACAAACACGAUGACCUGCCGAUACCGCCUGAAUAUUCUUCCUUCUUUGAAGAUGACGAACUCAUUGAAUAUCCAGUGUUUGAAAAUGAAGUGAGUAGCUUCAAAGACACAACAGAGGACCAGCUACAUGUUGCUAGCUACCAAGACGAGAGUGAUUCUUCGUCAAAGCGUCCAAGCAUCGCUUUAUUGUUUGUGAUACAUGUAUUGACUUUACUGUGUUUAUAUUUUCUAUCGUAA